AUGCAACCUCUAAACCCCUUCCUUGCCGCUUUCUUCAAGAGCUCGGUAGGCUCCCAGUGCACCCCCGUCCACCACCAUAUCCUCCUGGUGCCCCUGACGGAUGUGCUCCUCACGUCCCGAGAGACCGAGAGCGGCGCCGCCGUCAACGAGGUCAUAGCCUCCGAGGACUUCCUCGCCAGUCAUGUCCUCCGCAUCCCGCCACCUGGCGCCGGGCCAGGGGCGAAGGAUGGUGCUCCAAACCUGCGCGAGGUAAGGGGCAAGGCCAAGCAGCUAUCCACGCUCAACGGCAGGAGCGUCAUCAUCAAGGACUCGUUUGUCUACAGCAACAAGGGUUUCAAGACACUUGUUCAGGCGCAAAUUCUGAGUGACAAUACCUACUACCCCGACGUUUUCGAACCACGACAAUGGCUAUUAUACUUCAUUUCGAAACCGCUUGUCGGAGUAUGGGAGGAGGUCAAGAUCACGCCCGCAGUUCUUGUGCCGGGAGUACGACGACGCAUGCUCUCACAGCAGCAGCAGGCGUCCAAGACCGAUACCAACGACAACCCCGCGCCCAAGAAGAAAGACAUCACGAGCUUCCAUGACCUCCUUAAUAACUUCCCCAUGAUCGCACGACAGAUGCAUACUGGCCUGGAAAAGCUCUUCCUUGAAUUCACCACAACAUUCCAGAAACCACUCCCGCCGCCUCCAUCAGCCGAACUUAUCCCCGAUCCUGUCCCGGAUGGGCCUUUCAAGAUUGCCAUGAGCAAGGCAAGAUCAAACAGCACGUCUGUUAAGCCGGGUGAUGCGGGAUCCCGCAAGCUUCCGAUCACCGAUGACUUCUAUGCCGAAGAUGACGAGGACGUCUUAAGGGCCUCUCUUGAAACGGCAGUGACUACAGCAAUUGAUCUUUUUCAGGGGGUUGAUAAACAGCAACUGUCUCUACUGGGCGCAACGACGGAUCUCACUGGGCCGUUGGUUGAGAAACUCAUAGAACGCUAUGUUGCUGAGAAUGUCAAUCACUUGCUAUUUCCUCGGCUUUGCACUCUCAAGCGCCCUGAAGACCUGGAGCUUGAGGCAAAGAUACGGAAGAUGGAGUUUAUCGAUAUUUCCCAGCUCGGGAUCCGUAUCGAUGGGGGUCUGAAAGCUAAGCACGACCUCCUCAUCCAACUCGGGCCGGCCAUUGAGGAAUUCAAGAAGAUAUCCAACUCACUCUGUCCCCAGGAGAUGCUGGAUCUGUUACUGUUAACAGUCAAAACAGUGUCACAAUUAACAGGACCCAACGGAGACGCAUCUGCCGGUGGAACAUCAGAGAAAACCAUCAUGACUGUGAACGCCGACACCCUAGUUUCACUAUUACUAUAUGUUGUCAUUCGAUCUCAAGUUCGCCACCUGCAGGCGAGGUUCACCUACAUCCGAAAUUUCAUUUUUAUUGAUGACGUCGAUAGCGGCGAGUUGGGAUAUGCGCUAAGUACAUUCGAAGCAGUCUUAACAUAUCUGCUCAUGGAUUCUUCUGGCCUGAGGCGGGCAAGCAGGAAAAACAAGGCUCUCUGGGAUGCGGCUAAGAAUGGCAAUAUGGAAGAGUUAAGAAGCACCAUGGAGCCCAGUACGUCGGCUGUCGAUGAUGCGCCAGAUUCCCCUGAAUGGCCAAGGUCAAGAAGAGGAUCGGGGACUUUGAGCCUACUCAACGGCUCUUCAAGGAGAUCUUCGCUAGCUCUCACAACAACAGAGAGGUUCUCCCAAGGCUCCGACCUGAGCCAUGUAUUUCCCUUCCAAAACAAUACGGAGCUCAAUGGAGAAACGCCAGCUUUCCCAAUACGCAGGAUUAAGAGGGUGGCCAUGGACACUCGUAGUCUCUCUAGUAACUCGGAAAUAUCGUUCCACUCUCGCACAGCAAGCAUUGCGUCUCUUAGCAGCGCGCUAGAGGGUGACAUAUCCGUGGAACGUCUCUCACAAACGAACAACGCCUUUGGCGAAUCCAUCCUGAUGAUGGCGAUUCAGAGUGAGCAGCCGCAGGCUCUGAGCUAUCUCCUGUCAUUGUCACAGUACUACCCUGUGCAAGAUCUGUUAGAGGAUGUGAAUAAUGAAGAUACGACCCUAUUAAUUGCAGCCGUCCAAUUAGGACACAAAGAAAUCAUCGAUAUGCUGCUGGAUGUUCUUACCAACAAGACGAGCCAGGAGCAGCUGGCCCAGUACUUCGCACUUCCAGACAUCUGGGGACGAAGCGUGGGUCACUACCUUUUUAAUGCACCUUUCUUGAUCCCACGAGUCGCUCACCUCGUUCCAUGGCGCCAACGAGACAAGAACGGACAAACACCGCUGUUCGCCCUGUGCCGGUCAUACGAUCACGCCAACUACCAUGAGAUGGUCAAGGCCGGGCUUGAAGCAGCAAGGGACGCGCAGAUGGAUAACGAACCACUACACUUGGAUGAGCAUGUUGAUAAUAAGGGCAACACACUACUCCACAUCAUCAACGACCCGGUGAUUGCGAGCGGCGUGCUGGACUAUUGCGACGUCGAUGUGAAUGCAAUGAAUGAGAAGCGAUUCACAGCGCUCAUGGUCGCCAGCAAGUAUGGAAGAUACGACAUGGUGAGAGCCCUCUUUGCGGAUGCAAGGGUAGAUAUUGCAGCAAAGGAGUUACGCGGCCUGACGGCCGUGGAGCUGGCCAAGGAUGACGACGUCCGAAACCGCAUAGAUGAUCUGGCGCUCUUCAGCAUGCAAGCCGGGCGAGAAGGGCGGAUCACGGGCGUGGUCCGGGCCUUCUUCGUGGAAGAUGGAAACAUACGACUUGUGCUUAAGUCGGCGGCACCCACUGCGCGUGAGAGCUACACGGUCACAACCAGUCGACGGUCCCUGGCGGAGUUUGAGCAGCUCUUGCAGCUUCUAGCUGACGAGAACCCGGCUUCCUGGCUCCCCUCCAUGUCAGACACACGGUCUCCCUUUCAGAUUCCUUCGAAACCGUCGAGGGCCAUUCUCCGUGACAUUCAAGCCAAGACGGACUCGGCCCUCAAGGUUCUGCUCAAUCACCCAACCUUUGCUACCCACGAAAUGCUAUGGGAGUUUUUCUUGGUUCCAGAGCUGCAGCUGGAGAUGAUGCAAGAGCGGUCUAAACUGAAGGCGGAGACCAGGAUGGAGAGGGUCAAGGAUGAGUACGAACCGGUGGAGAACGUGAGGGAGGUCGAGCAGUUUAUCAACCACGCACGUGAAAUGGUCAGAAGUGUCAGCUACUCGACUAAGAGCGUGACGAGGCGGGCCAACAGCGUUGCGCUCGCUGCAGCUGACAUGUACGACUCGUCGGUGCUCCUUCACCGGAUGGUGACGACGUUGCAGUUCCUACCCCCAUGGCACAUGAAUGCGUUCGAGACUUAUGUUCGGGCCAUCAUGCCCGCGCAGUCGAACGCUUCGGUCACGCUGCACACGUCCCUUCUAGGUAUACAAUCUACAGUGCAGGGCCUCUUGUCGGCUCUGUCGCGCCCAACGACCCUGAUCAACCAGAUUCAGGCUGCGAAGAAGGAUGCGGAGCGCAAUGAAAGCGCGGCCUCCCGUCCAACGAGAUGGCCGCUGGGCCUCCUGGAUGACACGCGCCAGCGCUUUCAGGACGAGAGGGAGGAGCGGGCUCGGAAGUCACGGGGGGAGGCGCUGUACCUAGCCAAGGAGCUGCGGUACACGCAGCAGACGGUGGCUGGGGAGCUGGCCGGAUGGCAGGACAUGCACGAUAGGAUGGGCGUGGCAGUGAUCCGCGAGUACGCGAGGGGGAUGGUGUACCAAGAACGGACGAAGCUCGACGGCAUGGUGCGGGCCCUGCGGAAGCUGAGGGAGGGGAACAUGGAGAGCGAGGGCAGGAGGUGGGAGCCACCGCCACGGUCAGGCGGGCUCCAGGUGCAGGACCGAGAGAUGGUGGACGAGAGCCUGGCAGGGAGUGUGGAGGAGACGAGUGGCCGUGGUGAGCCCAGCUAG